CUGUGCCGCCCGGGCAAAACAAAACAAAAGUCGCGAGCCGGCGGCAACCGCAGCUGUCCUUCCGAGUCUUCGCUUCCAUCUCGUCGUCGUCGUCGUUGCACCACCCUCCAAUUCCGCUCGGUCCAAAUCCGCGUCCUUGUCGCGCAUUGCAUUAUUGGAGGAUCGAUCCAACUGGCGCCACCGCAGUAAUGAUCCCCUUCUCCCUCCGCCUCCUCCUCGCCGGCGCCCUCGUCCUGCUCGUCAUCGGCGGCGUCGCCGAUGCCCUGUCCGGGUACCAGAUAAGCUGCGGCGCGACGUCGGCCAAGGUCGCCGGGAACGUGACAUGGGUCCCCGACGGGGCGUUCAUCAACCACGUCGGCAAGGCCGCGGAGCUCACCGGCUCCCCGGGCGUGAUGCCGAUGCUCUCCUCCCUCCGGUACUUCCCCACGGCCGACGCGUCGUCGUCGUCGUCCGCCGCCACGACGACGAAGUACUGCUACGUGGUCCCGGCGGCGAUGCACGCCAGGUACCUGGUCCGCACGACGUACUACUACGGCGGGUUCGACGGCGGCGAGUCCCCACCGGUGUUCGACCAGAUCAUCGACGGCACGCGGUGGAGCGCGGUGGACACGGCGGGGAGCUACGCCCGGGGCCUCGCCACGUACUACGAGGCCGUGGUGGAGGCGACGGGGAAAGAGCUCAGCGUCUGCCUCGCCAGGAACGCCGCGACCACCGCGCCCGGACGAAGCCCCUUCAUCAACGCCCUCGAGGUGGUGCCGCUGGAAGGGUCCGUGUACAGCGCCGUCAACUUCACCGCCUACGCGCUCAGCACCAUCGCGCGCCACAGCUUCGGCUACAACGGCUCCAUCAUUGGCUAUCCAGGUGACCGGUUCAACCGAUACUGGGAGCCGUACAGCGACGGGAGCAUCCCGGUGGUGGAGAGCCAGGCGAGCGUGGCGACGGAGGCGUUCUGGAACAAGCCUCCGGAGGCUGUGUUCCGGCGAGGCCUGACGGCGAGCCGAGACAAGAGCCUGGACCUCCAGUGGCCGCCGGCGCCGCUCCCGGCCGCGACCUACUACCUGGCGCUCUACUUCCAGGACAACCGGGGGCCGAGCGCGCUCAGCUGGAGGGUAUUCGACGUCGCGGUCAAUGGCCAGCCGUUCUUCACCGGCCUCAACGUCUCCACGGCAGGGUCCAUGGUGUACGGCGCCCAGUGGCCGCUGUCCGGGCAGACGAGGAUCACGCUGACGCCGGCGACGGGGUCCCCCGUCGGCCCGUUGAUCAACGCGGCGGAGCUCAUGAUGGUCGUUCCGCUCGGCGGGAGGACGCAUCCCAGAGACGUAAUCGGCUUGCAGGAGCUGGCCAGAGGAUUCACGAACCCGCCGCCGGACUGGAGAGGUGAUCCUUGCUUGCCCAAGGGGAACUCGUGGACUGGUGUCACCUGCAACCAAGAUCCACUCGCAAGAGUAACAGGGCUCAACCUCACAAAUUUCAGAGUUGGAGGAUCAAUAUCUGACAACAUUGCCAACCUGACUGCAAUCUCGAGCAUUUGGCUUGUCGGGAACAAUCUGACCGGACCGAUUCCAGAUAUGAGCCUCCUGCAUCAUCUAGUGUCUUUGCACCUGGAGGACAAUGCACUGACAGGCUCGCUCCCUGAACCGCUCGGAAACCUUACAAGACUUGAAGAACUGUUUGUGCAGAACAAUAACCUACAAGGAACAAUCCCAAGCAGCAUCAGUAACAGAGUGAUGCUGGACACAGGGUUUAGGUUCCAGUACACACCUGGGAACAACCUUAGCUAACAAGGGCAUUCCAUUACAGAAGGCAAAAUCGUCUGACUGGUGGUCUUUGUAUCAUGGUGUUGCUUUUCUUGCCCAAUUUUGGGUGCUUCGGACCCUUUUCCUAUUCGUUUUGGAGUCAUGAUAUUUUUUUGUACAAUUAAAAUGUAACCUUAUUUUUUUUUCUGUAAAGAUGCAUUUUGUUAUAAAAACGAAGACUAUAUUUUGUUCAAUGAGAAAAACAAGAAGGCUAAUUACUUACACAAAUUCAUAAGAGCAAUGCAUGUACAACCCAUC